AUGUCUCAUUCUUGGCUACAGCGCAAGCGCAAAGGCGAGCUGUUGGAGCUGGCGCAAAAAGCUAGCAUUCCCGAUGCAGACACGCUUCUGAAGGAUGACCUCGUCGCCGCCCUCGAAGACACGCUCGAGGCCAACGAGACCACCUUCGCGAAACAACGCGCAUUCAGCGAGUACUACGGUCGCGGCGGCUCGCCCAUAAAACGCGAGCGCUCGUCGCCAGAUGCUCUGGCGUUGACCAAGACGCGCAGCAGACGCCAAACUUUGAACAGGCAUGGGAAUUCGCCCGACGACACCAGCACACCCGAAAGACCAAGCUUGGUCUCUCGCGCACUCGCAAAAACACCUCGUGAGGUUUCCCAGGUGACGCGACGCGUCUCUGAGCGUGUUGCUGAGGUCACUCCACGCGUUCCCCAUGUCGACCUCCCCGCGUCACCCGCCCAGCUCGCCGAAAUCGCCGACGAGUCCUUCCAGGUAGUCAAGGAAAGAGCCACCGAGUUGUGGGACAAGACGCGCAUCGAUGAGGCCAAGGAGUGGCUGCGCGAGACGAGCAGCUCCGUCAGCGCAAUUCAAACCCUCAUCUUGAUCAUCGAAGCUGCGACUCUGCAGUACAACACGCUCACCGACACGCAUUACCUGUUCGACUCCCCUGCUACAACGGGUUUCCAUGCCAGGGAGGUCCGCUUCCCCAAUCUCACCAAGCUCGCGGGCUCUGGAUGGUGGGGACCCGCGACUCUGUGGUCUUUGACGAACUGGGCGCUGCCCCUCAUGUUCUCGUACUUCUUCAACCUGACCCUGCGCACGAACACGCGUCACAAAUCCUCAAAGACCCAGUACACCAUUGACCCGUUCACCUUCAACAUCGCGAAGGCGAUUCUGGCCUACAGCGCCUACUACGUCUACACCACUGCCGACGCAUCGCUCGCGGGCCAUCCGAACACGGUCCUGGCGCAAUCUCCAGGAUGGGGUCCGUUUUCGGAAGUGUCUGUCGCUACCGUCCGCGACAACAUCCUCGGCGGCUAUUACGGCAUCCAGAUCGGAAGCAUGGUAGGCUUGCUCGUCAGCUUGUACGAUGCGGCUUUGAAGAAAUAA